UGUGUUGGUGGAGAGUGUAUGGAGCAACCUUUAAAUUCUGGGAGGUCUGGCCUGUGAGCAGCAGGAGCAGGCAGGGAGCACAGCAUCCUCUGGCUCUGACUUUCACUGGCCAAGGAAAAAUCACAAUCAUGAGAAUUGAAGUGAUUUUCUUUUGCCUCAUAGGCAUUACCCAUUCCCUGCCAGUUAAACAGAUUGAGUCUGGCAGCUCUGAGGAAAAUCAGCUUUUUAACAAAAAAUAUCCAGAUUCUGAAGCCUCAUGGCUAAAGCUUGAUCUGUCUGAGAAGAAUAAUCUCCUAGCAUCACAGAAUGUGCUGUCCUCUGAAGAAACUGAUGUCUUGCCACCAGAGACCUUCUCAAGUAAUCCCAAUGAAAGCCACAUGGAUGAGUUGAAUGAGGAUGAUAUUGGAAACCACAUGGACAGCCAAGACUUCACUGAGUCAGAUGAAAGCGAUCAUGAUAGUGAUCAUGAUCAUGAGCACCAUUCACACCACCAUGAUCACCACAAUCACCACGAACACCACAAAAACUCUCACCACUCCCAUGAAUCUGAAGAAGUGAUCAGUUUGCCUCCUCCUCUCACACUGGAGACCCCGGUCUUCACUCCAGUUUUCCCUGCAGUGAGCACACUCGAAAGCCAUGGAGAUAGCAAUGCUCCCGAUGGGAAGAAGUCUAAAUCUUCGGACAUAACUAAUGUUCAGUAUCCUGAUGAUACACCUGGGGAAUCCUCACACAUGAGAAGCAAGGAGUCCCAUGAUGCAUUCAAGGUCAUCCCUGUUCUUCAUGAGCCAGCAGAUGAACUCUUGGAAGGCAAGGAAGGCAAGGAAGGCAAAGAAGGCAAAGAAGGCAAAGAAGGCAAGGAAGGCAAGGAAGGCAAGGAAGGCAAGGAAGGCAAGGAAGGCAAGGAAGGCAAGGAAGGCAAGGAAGGCAAGGAAGGCAAGGAGGGCAAGGAGGGCAAGGAAGGCAAGGAGGGCAAGGAGGGCAAGGAAGGCAAGGAGGACAAGGAAGGCAAGGAAGGCAAGGAGGACAAGGAAGGCAAGGAGGACAAGGAAGGCAAGGAGGGCAAGGAAGGUAAGGAGGGCAAGGAAGGCAAGGAGGGCAAGGAAGGCAAGGAAGGCAAGGAAGGCAAGGAAGGCAAGGAAGGCAAGGAGGGCAAAGAGGGCAAGGAAGGCAAGGAGGGCAAGGAAGGCAAAGAGGGCAAGGAAGGCAAGGAAGGCAAGGAAGGCAAGGAGGGCAAAGAGGGCAAGGAAGGCAAGGAGGGCAAGGAAGGCAAGGAAGGCAAGGAAGGCAAGGAAGGCAAGGAAGGCAAGGAAGGCAAGGAGGGCAAGGAAGGUAAGGAAGGCAAGGAAGGCAAGGAAGGCAAGGAGUCGCAUGAUGAACACUCGGAGCACAAGGAGUCACAUGACACACUCAGGGUCAUCCCCAUUCCUCAUAUUACACACGAGGACUUUAGCCCACACUGGGAAUCCAAGCCCCAUGAUACACUCAAGGUCAUUCCCAUUCCUCAUCAUAUCAGUUUCCCCACUGAAUGGGACACUCAUGAGUUGGAACAACACGGUUUAGAAUUACGCCGUUCAGAAUCAAAAGGUUCAGAAUCACACAACAACAACCACAAUAAUGGUGAUCAUUCCUCUGGAUCUAAGAAAUCCAAAUACAAGCCUGAUGGGCCUGACAGCCUGGGAAGUUCAAAGGUCAGCCACAAGCUCCAUAGCAGUGAGUUUCUUAGCCAGGAAGACAUGCUGGUCCUAGACCCUAGAAGUAUUGAGGAUAAACAUCAGAACUUUCGCAUUUCUCAUGAAUUAGACAGUGCAUCUUCGGAGGUCAAUUAAAAAGAGAAUUAAAAUUCUUGCUUUAAUUUUAUUAAAAAGAAAAAAAACACAUUAUAGAGAAUUAAAAGUAUAACGCAUAUUUCUCAGUGCAGUGAGUAAAUAUAUAUGUAUGUGGAAAUACUGUUUUAAUCAUUAGUUUGUUGUUUCUGGUAAGACCUUUUAAACCUAAAAGCUUCAGCAUAUACUUUCCAUGCAAGCAAUCAAAAUUCCAACAAUCACUACAUUUUAGUGUUUGUUACUCAAUCAUAAAUAGAAAUGUGUGUAAAAUCCAACAAAAUACUAUCUCAUGCUUUCAAAAGAGACACUAUAUAGCAUUUUAUCUCCUUAUAAUAACUGUUUUUAAGUUUCUUGUGAUCAUUGUGUGAAUAAAUUUACCUUGAAUGUA